GAUUAGUGUAAGUUUUGGUUGCUUGUUUGUUGGAGUCAAGAGGAAAAUACUGUGAUGGUGUUAACCUGAAGCCAAUGAAGUAAACAGAUUUAUCAUUUGUAUGAUUUUGCAUUUUGCUGAAACCUAAACCGCUUCUGUGUUGUCACCUGUUCUCUCCAGUCAUGAUUUACUGGCAUCAAAUUGAUAUCCUACACCAGUAGACAUUUAGAUGGCAUCAAAAUACACCCUGAUAUUCACAGCGUUUGUACUAGUGAGCUGUGUUGUGGAAACACAAGGAUUCUUUGAAGCUCCAAGUUACCCUGCGAAGGUAAAGUACGAAGAUGAACAAGGAAAGUUGAACCACUUCAGGGACAAACGAGACACCAGCACUGCUGCACAGGAAUACAUUGUGGUUGUGGAGGUGAAUGUUUCGGAGGUGAUUUUAAUACAGCUGCUCAAAUCAUCCCUGGAUCUAUUCAGUCUUCAAAUAGACAACAUCACAACAAUCUCUACUGUAGAGAUAUCAACAGUGUGCCAUUCCAAUGAUACUGGAUACCAGUGCAAGUGUGAGGAUCAGUAUUUCUGGCCGUGUGACAUGUGCACAGCAUAUGGGCCCUGUGAUGACAUCAUCAAUGCCACGUGCGGAUGCAUCAGUGGCAUUCCCAGUGAUGGACAGUUCUGCCAACCCAUCUCAGAGCUGAUGAAUGCUACAUGUCCAACACCUACUGCACCACCAACAGGAGGGCCACCUUCUGAGUACAUCGUUGAUAUUGACAUUAGUGUAUCUGACAACCUGAUGAUUCCUGACUUAAAGAAAAUGCUCAUGAACUUCAGUGUCCCUGUCACACUGGACAGCGGUGUAAACAUCACAGAGAUGACCAUCACCACUGUGUGCACGUCAGACGGGCCUGAGUAUGUGUGCAGAUGUGAGGAGCAGUAUGCUUGGUCCUAUAAUACCUGCAGAACAUAUGGGGCAUGUGAUGACAGCAUGGAUGGCACAUGUGGAUGUAUCAGAGCUCUCCCUGUAGAGGAACUGUGCCAGAGAGAUGUGGAUGAAUGUCUGUCGUCACCAUCACUAUGUGGUCCAAACGCCAUCUGCACCAACGCAAUAGGAGGAUACAGUUGCUCUUGCAGGACUGGAUUUACUGCAGCCGACUCAAAUCAGAGUGUCAGCAUAAAUAAUUCAUGUACAGGAGGGCCACCUUCUGAGUACAUCGUUGAUGUUGACAUUAGUGUAUCUGACAACCUGAUGGCUCUUGAAUUAAAGAAGCUGCUCAUGAACUUCAGUGUCCCUGUCACACUGGACAGCGGUGUAAACAUCACAGAGAUGACCAUCACCACUGUGUGCACGUCAGACGGGCCUGAGUAUGUGUGCAGAUGUGAGGAGCAGUAUGCUUGGUCCUAUAAUACCUGCAGAACAUAUGGGGCAUGUGAUGACAGCAUGGAUGGCACAUGUGGAUGUAUCAGAGCUCUCCCUGUAGAGGAACUGUGCCAGAGAGAUGUGGAUGAAUGUCUGUCGUCACCAUCACUAUGUGGUCCAAACGCCAUCUGCACCAACGCAAUAGGAGGAUACAGUUGCUCUUGCAGGACUGGAUUUACUGCAGCCGACUCAAAUCAGAGUGUCAGCAUAAAUAAUUCAUGUACAGGAGGGCCACCUUCUGAGUACAUCGUUGAUGUUGACAUUAGUGUAUCUGACAACCUGAUGGUUCUUGAAUUAAAGAAGCUGCUCAUGAACUUCAGUGUCCCUGUCACACUGGACAGCGGUGUAAACAUCACAGAGAUGACCAUCACCACUGUGUGCACGUCAGACGGGCCUGAGUAUGUGUGCAGAUGUGAGGAGCAGUAUGCUUGGUCCUAUAAUACCUGCAGAACAUAUGGGGCAUGUGAUGACAGCAUGGAUGGCACAUGUGGAUGUAUCAGAGCUCUCCCUGCAGAGGAACUGUGCCAGAGAGACGUGAAUGAAUGUCUGUCUGAAACAUCUGUAUGUGGUCCAAACUCUACCUGCGUCAACACAGUAGGAGGAUACAGCUGCUUUUGCUUGGUUGGAUUUACUGCAACAAACUCAAAUCAGAGUGUCAGCAUAAAUAAUACAUGUGCAGAUGUGGAUGAGUGUCUGUUCACACCAUCACAAUGUGGUCCAAACUCCACCUGCACCAACACAGUAGGAGGAUACAGCUGCUCUUGCUGGGGUGGAUUCACUGUUAUAAAUGCUAAUCUAAGCAUCAGUGUUAGUAACCCUUGCAUUGAUAUAGAUGAAUGUCUGUUUGCACCAUCUGUAUGUGGAUUAAACUCCAUGUGCAACAACACAGUAGGAGGAUACAGUUGCUCUUGCUGGACUGGAUUCACUGCAGUAAACUCAAGUCUAGGUGUCAGUGUUAAUAACUCCUGUGUAGAUGUGGAGGAAUGUUUGUCUGAACCGUCCAUUUGUGGUCCAAACUCCACCUGCAUCAACACAGUAGGAGGAUACAGCUGCUCUUGCUGGUCUGGAUUUAACAUAACCAACUCAAGUCUAAGCAUCAGUGUUAAUAACUCUUGUAAUGAUGUGGAUGAAUGUCUGUUAACUCCAUCUGUAUGUGGUCCAAACUCCACCUGCUUCAACACAGUAGGAGGAUACAAUUGCUUUUGCUGGAAUGGAUUUACUGCUACAAACUCAAGUCUAAGGGUUAACAUUAGUAACCCUUGUAGGGAUGUGGACGAGUGUCUAUCUGCACCAUCUGUAUGUGGAUCAAACUCCAGCUGCAUCAACACAGCAGGAGGAUACAGUUGCUCUUGCUGGACUGGAUUCGCUGCCACUAACUCGAACUUAACUAUCAGCAUUAUUAACCCAUGUAUAGAUAUAGAUGAAUGUGUACCUGAAUCAUCUGUUUGUGGUCCAAACUCCACCUGCACCAACACAGUAGGAGGAUACAACUGCUCUUGCUUGAAGGGAUUUACUAGAACAAACUCAAGUCUGAUGAUUAGUGUUAAUAACACUUGUAGAGAUGUGGAUGAAUGUUUACUUGGCACAUCUGUAUGUGGUCCAAACUCCACCUGCACCAAUACAUUAUGGGGGUACAAUUGCUCUUGCUGGACUGGAUUUACUGCCAGCAGCUCAAGUCUGACCAUCAACGCUAGAAACCCUUGUAUAGAUGUGGAUGAGUGUCUGUCCACUCCAUCAGUUUGUGGUCCAAACUCCACCUGCACCAACACAGCAGGAGGAUAUAGUUGCUUUUGCUGGCAUGGAUUUACUGCAACAAACUCAAAUCUUACUGUCAGCAUUAUUAACCCUUGUAUAGAUGUGGAUGAAUGUCUUUCUGCACCAUCUGUUUGUGGAUCAAACUCCACCUGUAUCAACACAGUAGGGGGAUACAGUUGCUCUUGCUGGUCUGGAUUUACUGCCACAAACUCAAGUCUGGACACCAACGCUAGUAACCCUUGUAUAGAUGUGGAUGAGUGUCUAUCUGCACUAUCUGUAUGUGGUCCAAACUCCAACUGCAACAACACAGUAAGAGGAUACAGUUGUUCUUGCUGGGCUGGAUUUACUGUAACAAACUCAAAUCAAAAGAUCAACACUAGUAACCCGUGUAUAGAUGUGGAUGAGUGUCUGUUCACACCAUCACCAUGUGGUCCAAACUCUAACUGCAACAACACAGUAGGAGGAUACAGCUGCUCUUGCUGGGGUGGCUUUGCUGUUACAAAUGCAAAUCUAAAUGUCAGCAUUAGUAACCCUUGCAUUGAUAUAGAUGAAUGUCUGUUUGCACCAUCUGUAUGUGGAUUAAACUCCAUGUGCAACAACACAGUAGGAGGAUACAGUUGCUCUUGCUGGACUGGAUUCACUGCAGUAAACUCAAGUCUAGGUGUCAGUGUUAAUAACUCCUGUGUAGAUGUGGAGGAAUGUUUGUCUGAACCGUCCAUUUGUGGUCCAAACUCCACCUGCAUCAACACAGUAGGAGGAUACAGCUGCUCUUGCCGGUCGGGAUUUAACAUAACCAACUCAAGUCUAAGCAUCGGUGUUCAUAACUCUUGUAAUGAUGUGGAUGAAUGUCUCUUAACUCCAUCUGUAUGUGGUCCAAACUCCACCUGCAUCAACACAGUAGGAGGAUACAAUUGCUUUUGCUGGAAUGGAUUUACUGCUACAAACUCAAGUCUAAGGGUUAACAUUAGUAACCCUUGUAAGGAUGUGGACGAGUGUCUAUCUGCACCAUCUGUUUGUGGAUCAAACUCCAGCUGCAUCAACACAGCAGGAGGAUACAGUUGCUCUUGCUGGACUGGAUUCGCUGCCACUAACUCAAACUUAACUAUCAGCAUUAUUAACCCAUGUAUAGAUAUAAACGAAUGUGCACCUGAACCAUCUAUUUGUGGUCCAAACUCCACCUGCACCAACAUGAUAGGAGGAUACAACUGCUAUUGCAUGGGAGGAUUUACUCCAACAUACUCAAGGCUUGCUGUAAACAUUACUAACCCUUGUAGAGAUGCGGAUGAAUGUCUGUCCACUCCGUCUGUUUGUGGUCCAAACUCCACCUGCACCAACAUAAUAGGAGGAUACAGUUGCUCUUGCUGGCCUGGAUUUACUGCAACAAACUCAAACCUAAAGAUCAAUGCUAGUAACCCGUGUAGAGAUAUAGAUGAAUGUGCACCUGAAUCAUCUGUUUGUGGUCCAAACUCCAUCUGCACCAACAUGAUAGGAGGAUACAAAUGCUCUUGCACAGGAGGAUUUACUCCAACAUACUCAAGUCUGAUGAUUAGCGUUAAUAACACUUGUAGAGAUGUGGAUGAAUGUCUACUUGGCACUGUGUGUGGUCCAAACUCCACCUGCACCAACAAAGUAGGGGGAUACAGUUGCUCUUGCUGGGUGGGAUUUACUGCAACCAGCUCAAAUCUGCCUGUCAGCGUUAGUAACCCAUGCACUGACAUAGAUGAAUGUCUGUCUUCACCUCCUGUGUGUGGAUUAAACUCUGCCUGCAGUAACACAAUAGGAGGAUACAGUUGCUCUUGCUUGAAUGGAUUUACAGCAACAAACUCCAAACUCCCUGUCAAUUCUAGUAAUCCUUGUAGAGAUGUAGAUGAAUGUCUUUCACCAUCUCUUGCAUGUGGAUUAAACUCCACCUGUAGUAACACAAUAGGAGGAUACAGUUGCUCUUGCUUGAGCGGAUUUACAGCAACAAACUCCAAACUCCCUAUCAAUGCUAGUAAUCCUUGUAUAGACGUAGAUGAAUGUCUGUCAUCACCUCCUGUGUGUGGAUUAAACUCUGCCUGCAGUAACACAAUAGGAGGAUACAGUUGCUCUUGCUUGAAUGGAUUUACAGCAACAAACUCCAGACUCCCUGUCAAUUCUAGUAAUCCUUGUAGAGAUGUGGAUGAGUGUCUGUCCACUCUGUCUGUCUGUGGUCCAAACUCCACCUGCAUCAACACCGUAGGAGGAUAUAGUUGCUCUUGCUGGCUUGGAUUUACUGCUACAAACUCAAAUCUCAAGAUCAAUGCUAGUAACCCGUGUAGAGAUGUGGAUGAGUGUCUUGUUGCCCCGUCUGUAUGUGUCUCAAACUCCACCUGCACCAACACAUUAGGAAGUUACAGUUGCUCUUGCUUGCCUGGAUUUACAGUUUCAAAUUCAAGUCUAACCGCAAGUAUCAGUAACCCAUGUAAAGAUGUGAAUGAGUGUCUUGUUACACCAUCUUAUUGUGGCCCAAACUCCACCUGCACCAACACAAUAGGAGGAUACAGUUGCUCUUGCUUGAGUGGAUUCACUGUAACAAACUCAAGUUUGAAUGUCAGCACAAGUAACCCAUGCAGAGCAGCUCCAAGCACUGUAGCUCCUACACUGCCCCCUACAGUCUCAUCAGAGAACUCAAUAAGUAUGUCACUGACAAUAAAUGAGAAGUUUGACAUCACACUCACCGAUCCAAGUAGUGCAAAGUAUAUGAGAUAUAAAGCUCAAAUCGAGCAGGCAAUAGAUGCUUCUUACAAAAAUGUAGCUGGCUACAAAUCAGGUUCUGUCAGAGUCUCCAGGUUCAGGUCUGGCAGUGUAAUUGCAGACUUUACAAUUGCAACAACAACGGAUACCCUUGAUUUUGGAUCAGCAAACACUCAGCUCUCUAGUGCACUUGUUGACAAAGGAUUCAGUGUAAAUGAAAAUGCCUUUGCUGAAAGCAAAGAGUCUGUCCUAGUCCAAAACCAGGGCAAAAUCUAUCCUCUUCAGGAAAUGCAGCUGAACUGUGAUCCUCCAUCUGGUGCAGUCGGAGAUAUAAAAUGGAGCGUGAACGGGGCUGACCCUCUGCUAAACCCAGAUAAAUAUAGUGUCGUCAAUAAUAACCACACUCUUAAAGUCAAACGUGUGACCACAGACUACACCGGCGUGUAUGAGUGCAUAACUCAAAAGAAUUCAAUACAUAAUAUUCAAUGGCAAAGAAUUCAGAUUCAGCCCUUCCCGAAUAUCCAAGCAGGAUCUGAUAAAGUGUUUAAAUGUGAGACUUUGACGGUACCACUGAAGUGCUGUGCCCAAAGUAGUUACACAAUUCAGUGGACCAGGGACUCUCAAACUGGCACCCUGAUGCCACCAGGUUCAGGAUGCAUCACAUACAACUAUAUUAUCCAGAAACAGGAUUGUCAGGCUGGUGAUGCAAAUGCCACUUUCACAUGUCAGCUUUCAGAUGUCAGCCUGAGUAAUUUAAGUUACAGCUCUGAACGCAUCAUGAUAAGGGCAACCAAUAGCAAUUUCUUCUGCUCAGAAAGCAGCAUGUAUGGCGUCGGAAAUAAAAAUGACAUCAGAAGCAAAAGUUGUGAUGGAGGCAAGGUUGGCAUUCAGCAGGCCAAGUGCAACAGUACAGGACGGUGGGAGGAAAUAUUUAACAACUGCACCCUACGUGUCAUACAGGACCUGACCGACGAAGUCAAACAAUUAGAAGUGGCUCAGAUCCCACAGUUCACUGCGAAUCUCAGUGAAGCUGCAGAAAAGCAUUCUGUGAACAUAACAGGGGCUCCUGUGACUCUUGUAAAAGUUGUUGAUUUACUCAGCACAAUUGCUACUAUUUCAAAGUCAGUGACGGUCAGCAAAGAUGUGAUGAUGGAUUUUCUCAGAACAGUGGAUGUCAUUUCAUCAGUAGGAACCCAGUCAGCUUGGAAGAGUUUGAACAAUGACAGUGACAGCUGGCGUACCAGCUCUGUGCUUCUGCAGUCAAUCGAAAACAUUGGCAACAGUCUUUCAGAUGAGCAAUUUUCAAUCACAACAUCAAGCAUCCAGCUCAACAGGACUAUUUUUAAUAACACAUUCCAAGGAACAUUUGGGCAAAAUUUAUCCACACUAAUAGAUAUUCCAAAGACUAACGGAUCAAAUUCCAUCACCACCAUAGUUUUCUCUGCUCUUGACAAUGUCUUACCUGUUAGAAACUCUACCCACAAUGGCAGCAGUCUAACAGACACCAGCAUCAAUGCAGAUGUCGUUAUGAUCAAAUUGGCCCAGGCCAUUGACCCCCUGAUCUCGCUUACCUUCGAUGUAAGCAAUGCAUCAUUGGGAAACCCUCAGUGUGUCUUUUGGAACUUCAGUCUCUUGGAUGGAAUUGGAGGAUGGGACUCAACUGGAUGUGAAGUAAAGAAAUCAGGGGUAGGAUCUGACAGUGUUGUGUGUCAAUGCACCCACACCACCUCAUUUUCAGUCCUGAUGUCACCGUUCUUUUCUGCGGAUACUGGAUUAAAACAUAUCACUUACAUCGGUGUUGGAAUUUCAGUGGGUUGCUUGGUUUUGUGCCUCAUCAUUGAAAUUGUUGUAUGGAAAUCAAUGACAAGGAAUGACACGUCCUACAUGCGCCAUUUCUCCACAAUCAACCUUGCAGCUUCUCUGCUGAUUGCGGACAUAUGUUUCCUCAUUCAAGCAGGUAUUGUUAAGGAUGGAGAGUUGACCCCAGUGGGCCCCUGCACAGCACUGACUUUCUUUAUUCACCUAUUUUAUCUUGCUCUUUUUUUCUGGAUGUUGCUCUCGGCACUCUUGCUCCUCUACCGCACCCUAGUGGUUUUUUCCAAAUUCUCCAGGUCAGUGAUGAUGGUCAUAGGCUUCGCAGUUGGCUAUGGGGUCCCACUAAUCAUAGCUGUUAUUACUGUGGCUGUGACAGCUGGAAACAAUGGAUAUGUCCAGGAAAAGAAUGUCUGUUGGCUAAACUGGGACAAAACAAAGGCUCUUCUGGCAUUUGUGGUCCCAGCCCUGACCAUUGUGCUUAUCAAUAUCCUGGUGCUUGUUGUGGUUUUAUAUACGAUGUUGAGGAGGGGAGUUGGAGCCACCACUUACCACUCAGAAGAUAAGCACACCCUGUUGGUCAUUGCCAGAUGUGUGGGCAUUUUAACUCCUCUCUUCGGUCUGACCUGGGGAUUCGGCAUCGGGACCAUGGUGUCAUCUGCUUUUGGGAUUCACAUUGUGUUUGCACUCCUCAAUUCACUGCAGGGCUUCUUUAUUUUAGUAUUCGGAACUCUGCUGGACAGUAAGAUCCGUGCAGCUCUUAUGGGAAAGUUGAAGCUGAAGAACAUCAGCUCUAACUUAUCUGGGAGCACUAGUGCAGGACCAUCAUCCUCUACUGGAAAGGGUUACACACACAGAUUCCCCAGGAGAUAUGCUUACAACAUCUCGGCAGCAGCGUACUCGUCAUCUGUACCUUCAAGCAACUCGGAUACUUUUAAGUUCAUAGAUACAUAAUGUGUUCUACAGCCCGACCAAAAUACCACGACAUGAGCUAAUGAGGGUAUUAGAUGUCAUUCACAUUAAUUUGCCGAUUUUAAAGUCCUUUAUUGAAUUAAUCUGCUUGGGGACAAAAUGUAAAAGGCCUCAGGGCCAAAGACCAGUGCUUGGUUCAGUUCCGUCUUAUUUAAUUUUAAUAUUUGCAUGCAUUUCAUGUUAUACUUGCAAAGAACAAAUGACAUGUUGUUACGCUGAAUGGCUUGCAUUUAUUAAUGUUGACAAUUUGCAUUCAUAUUAUAUUUUAAUUGUGCAUUUCCUUCCAUAGUAAACGGACACAACUAUUUAUAAAAAAUAAAUCAGGUUAAAAGAUUUGAUUGAAUUCCUGAAUCUUACAGAUGCUUCAAAAUGUACUCAUCCACAUCAGUCCUGAGGAUUAUCUGUUAAAGAUAAUCUGUUAACAGUUAAAAAGGAAUAAAAAUGCUGUCUAUUAUG